UUAACUAUUUAAUUUUUAUAAUCUGUUUUUCCUCUCAUGGGGCUACUAUCGCGUGCCAAAAUUGUACAAACAAAACAGCUUUAUGUCAAGCUUGCAAUUAGGCGGGCUUGCAUUGUUUUAUUACGUAUAAUCGCGGCAUAAUAUUGCCGAUCUGUCAAUCUUGACAUUCAUUCUUGACUGUUUGGAUGUGAACGAAAACAAAUUUCGCUACGCCGGCAUCUAUUGGAACUAAACGAAUUGCGCUAAAUAGUUUCAUUCGCUUAGAUCUUAGCAAAUAGCGCAAGGUAAUCGCGUAAACAUACUACUGGUGAAAGAAAUAUCGUAUUCUCCAAAAAUGGAGAUUACACCCGAUAGCACUCUUGCCGUACUGGUGUACCAUUACCUUUUGGAGAGAUGUAUGGCAGAUGUGGCGGAAAAGUUUGCCGAAAAUUGCCAUCACUUGCAACACAUCAAACGCUCACCGGCCUUGUGUUGGAACACACCGAUGCGAAGGCUACAGGAGGUUUUGUUUGACCAUAAUUCGCUUCUAGCAAAAAUGAAGCGACUGCUUUAUAAGUACCAUGAGGUGGCGCCCGUACCGAUCACAUUGCAGUUAUGGGAUAAGGUGGAGUAUCUGAUGGAAUAUUUGUACGAACGUGCAACAGGCAACAGCACCGGAAACACAGUGAUCGAAUGUUCUACCACGUUACCCUGUCAGACGUUGACGACGAACUAUGCUGAAGGAAGGGAAGGCGAAAGCGCUUACCAGUUGGAAGCAGCAACGCAGCAGCAAGAACCACCUCCGAUGCAGCAGGAUAGUGAAAGUGGUAGCCAGUCUAAAGACACUAAUCAGGAAAUUGGUCCCACCAGCAGUAAGUUCGAGGUGCUGUACGUGUCGAACGAUACAAAUGAACAGCUCAACACAGACACCGUUGUGGUUAGAAUGGAAAGCAACGAGAUUGUGACAGAUAUGCAAACGGGCAGUGUAGAAAGCUUUAUAACGCUAGAGGAUGCGGAGGUCGCCGUCGGUCAGCAGGUGGAGAUUACUACGCUCCUGGUUGAACCGGAACAACCACCCUCCAAUUCACUUCCCAGUUUACCGACCAUUGAGGCGGAUAUUGACCAUGCAAACGUUUCCGCAAACAAGGAAAACCAAGAACCGAUGCUUAUGCCACCCGACAGUCAAUCAGAGGCAGAGCAGCAAAAUGAAACGAUCGUGCAUGUAAUGGAUCUUACCGAAAAUUCGCCAACCACCGCCCUGCAACCGGAAGGCACAAUGGCCGAGGCAAAUUCAACCACACCACCGAAAGAGCGGCCAAAACCGACGAAACAACCGAUCGAUGCGGAAGCGCUAGAGGAAUGGAGACGAAUUCGGUCCAUUAAUAAUCGCAACUUUGACGAUCACAUUCGGCAGCUAAAUCACCAGCUGGAGCUAAUGAACAGGAUGGCAGAACCGAAGAAACCCGGCACGAUGAAACCGAAACCAUCACCGAAGAAUAAAAAGUGUAAAACGACAAUUAAACCCGUUAUGCCGACGGUGCGCACGACACGAUCCGCACAGAAACAGAAAGUUGUAAAUGUGCUGGACAAGAAAGCAAAUGGGACGGCAAAGCGAGCGGCAGCAGCACCGACGGUAAACAAAUAUACGACUCUCAAUGAUAGUGAUACGACCGAUUUUGCCAGCUCGUCGGAUGAGGAUGAAGACGUAAAGGGAAUGGCACGGCGCAUUAAGGAGUACCGGAAGCAGCAGAAACAUUCACAAAAGAAGGAUAAAAGGUCGGAAGAACCGACGAGCCAAAGUAACGUUUUUACCUUACCGUCCAGCUUGCCACAAUGCCGGGUGAAUCUGAUUGCCGGCCGUUCUCCGCGCGUACCCACCGUACAGAGGGGUUUGCGCAACCGGACACCCUCCACCAGCCCGGUCAGUACGCCGGUGAAGCUUAGCAAAUCGAUCAUUGACAAUGCGGCCGGGCCUUCCUCUAGCCGUGUCGGUGCCGUCCGGCAGCAGCUACUACAAUCGGGAGCAAAAGUGAAAGAACUCAUCGGUGCCAUCGACCACCCCAAUGCGGCCAAAUCGACGUCCCCACAACAACAACAACAACAACCGGGACCGGUUGCACUAUCACCAAAGAAUCGUCGUCCGGUCCGUGCCUGUACGGUGAACCGUAAAACCAUAGUGGCCUCUACACCUCUCAAGCAAACUGUACCGAACAUGGAGAAUAUGGUAUCGACACCAAUACCAUCCGAUCGAGAAGCGGAAAGUAUGAGGAAAUCGGUUUCCGAUCCGAAUGCGUCCACCGAAUCUUCCAUCCCGGAAACGAACCAAGAGGAAACGGUUGAUGCGGGCGAAGCAGCCAUAUAUGCGGUGUUAGCACAACUGCACGGUGAUAAUUAGGGCAGUAAAAUAGAAUUUUUAGCGUAUACGGGUUUGAACUGAAGUGCAAAGCGAAUUGCCGAGGAAUUGUAAGCGUUAUACAAGCUCAACGAAAGAGCUAAUUGUACGCACGAACCAAAACUAAAAACGCUUCGAACCGGUUAAUUUUAAUUUACAACGACAAAUGUAUUGUUAAGUUGUAUUUUCAUUAUUAUUUCGUUAAACACACAAAACUCUUACUCAAAAAGACUAAAAACAACACAACGGGGGGGAGUAGGAGUAGGUUUUAUGUUCGAUUUUAUCUAUACUAUACCCCUGCACGAAGUUGUUUGCGCGAAUUUUGCGCGAGGUUAGCCUAUUUGUUUCAUUAGGAAUAGGAUGUUGCGCUGUUACUAUCUCUUUUUCUUUCUUUGUUUAAUAUAAUUCAAACGAAUUAAUCAUUUCCAUUCGUUGUUUUACAAGAAUAAAUUUUAAUAUAAGAUAUGUUAAGUAACAUGAACGUUGUGAGUCAAUUCUUCUGUAUACCAGCUUCCCUGGGGAUUCAUAAAUCUGUUGAAAAUUUAAUUUUUGAUGCCAGCAGAACAAGAGGAUAAAUUUUCGCAAUUUUUGGUUUGAAAUUCCGAAAAUUUGGUUUGAAAACUUAAUUUUUAAUACCAGAAGAACAUGCUUCACAAGAGGUUACAUUUUCGCAAUUUUUGGUUUGAAAUUCCGAAAACUUGGUUUGAAAUUCUGUUGAAAAUUUAAUUUUUAAUACCAGGAA